AUGAAGGUUCUGUUCGCCACUGCUCUGACGGCCGCCGCCGUGGCGGUCGCCUCCGCCGCCGAGUUCUGUGACCAGUGGGGCCAGGCCAAGUCGGGCAACUACAUCAUCUACAACAACCUGUGGGGCUCCAGCGCCGCCAACCCCGGCGGCAAGCAGUGUACCGCGCUGGACAGUGGCUCCGGAGACAGCGUGGCCUGGCACACCACUUGGUCGUGGCAGGGCGGCGACAAGAGCGUCAAGUCGUUCGCGAACGCCGCUCUCGAGUUCGACCCCGUGCCGCUGAGCGAGGUCAAGUCGAUCCCGUCCACCAUGGCGUACACGGUCAAGUCCAAAGGCAAGGCCGUGACCGACGUCGCGUACGACCUGUUCACCAGUUCGACCGCCAAGGGCGAAAAGGAGUUCGAGAUCAUGAUCUGGCUGGCGGCCCUGGGCGGCGCCGGCGCCAUCUCGAGCACGGGCAAGCCCAUCGCCUCGACCACCAUCGCCGGCACCGAGUGGAGCGUCUACAAGGGCCCGAACGGCAGCAUGAUGGUGUACUCGUUCGUGGCCUCCAAGCAGGUCGAGAACUUCGAGGGCGACCUUCUCGAGUUCUUCAACUACCUUGUCAAGGAGCAGGGCUUCAAGACCAGCCAGUUCCUGAUCAAGGUGGAGUGCGGUACCGAGCCGUUCGUUGGUACGGACGUGACCAUGACGGUCUCCAAGUACUCGGCUGCCGUCAACACCAGCGGCGGUUCGUCCACGCCCACGCAGUCGGGCGAGAGCAGCUCGUCGACUGAGCAGACCACGACCGCCCCCGCUGCCUCCAACACGGGCUCGUCGGCCGAGCAGACGACUCCUGCCCCUGCUGAGUCCAACACGGGCUCGUCGGCCGAGCAGACUACCCCUGCGCCUGCUGGCUCGGACGCUGGAUCCUCGGAGGAGCAGACUCCCAGCACGCCCAGCACUGGUUCGUCCACCGAGCAGACCACGGACGCCCCUGCUGCCUCCAACACUGGUUCGUCGGAGGAGACUCCUUCUACGGGCUCGAGCGAAGAGACCCCGAGCACUGGAUCGAGCGAGGAGACCCCCGCUACGUCGGACGCAGGCUCCAGCGAGGAGACCCCGGCUACCUCCUCUACGGGCUCCAGCGAGGAGACCCCGGUCGAGUCGAGCACUGGAUCGAGCGAGCAGAACCCUGGCCAGCAGGAGCCUUCCACUCCUACCACGUCGUCUUCCAGCGAGGAGACUCCUUCCACGGAGACCAACCCCAAGUGUGUGCUCCGUCGCGUUCGUCGCGAGUAA